AUGGAUUCUGUCGAUCAGCCUUCUCCUGCCUCUGAGACCGAUACUCUGCCCGUUCAAUCCCUCGAGACCUCGCGUACGUUAGAAAGCACUCCCAUCGAACAAGCCACCGUCCAAUCUCAAGCCCCUGGACCAGCCUCAAUGAGCGAGGAAGUCGAGGAUGCUUACUGGGCAUCGUAUCAGGAGGAUACCUCUUCACCAAAUGAAGAGGAAUUGAAAGCAUUUCAGCACACAGAAUCAGACUACAGUGCCCGUGAUCACACGUACUGGGAAAACAACUUCUUCCGGGACUUGGAGGAUCCUGAAUACACCCCCAAGGACAAGGUUCGUUUGACAUGGAAGUUCAAGGGUGUUCGCGGCACACCAGAUGCUCCGAACCGUGAAACUGUGAUCCGUUCACCUGCUGCCUACGUUGGUGGAUAUUGGUGGCGAAUAAAGUUCUACCCCCGGGGUAACAAUGUCGGCUCAUUGAGUGUUUAUGUCGAGUGCUCUACUACUCUCCCCGAGCCUGAUGAGAAGAUUCCCGAGUGCGAGUUUACCGUCCGCCGAGGAACUCCAGAAGCCAACCUCAAUGAUAAGACUCCUGAUACAGAUUUUCGGACAGCGGCCACCACUGAUUCAGCGGCUUGGAUGGAAACUUUCAAGUCCCUAUAUCCCCGUGCGGCCUCGGCAUCUCGCUGUACAGAAGAAACAACUUCAAGUUCUUGGCGGGUAGCGGCACAGAUUGGCGUCAUCGUAUACAACCCCGAUGAGCCUCGGACAGGUUGGAUGCAGUCAUCUUGUCAUCAGUUCAACCCUCAUAACUUGGAUUGGGGUUGGACAUACUUCCAUGGCCCAUGGGACGCGAUUCACUGUCGUCGACGGGGCCAACACCGUGCGUUGUUGAACAACGACACGCUGGCAUUUGAUACAUACAUUCGAGUCGUCGACGAUCCUACCAAGUCUCUGUGGUGGCAUCCAAGUGACUCGGAACCAACCUGGGACAGUCUGGCAUUGACCGGCUACCGCCCAAUAGGAGAUUCGGUCAUCAACCACAGUGCCGAAGUUGCCGGACUUGCCUCAUGGCUGCACAUUGCCCCAUUCUGCAAGAUCAUCCAAAGUGUUAAUGUGCUCGAGCAUCUCACCAAUUGCGAUAUCAAGCCAAAGCCCUUGUGCGAUGCACUACAGAAGCUGCUGUGGCGCCUCCGCUGUCGCACCCAGUCAUUGCAUUACGUGGAUACAGACGGCAUCACUUCCACCCUGCGCAAUCUGGGCGAGUACUCAAGCGACGUCAUUGAAUUCUGGGAGCGUGUUCGCCGCACACUGGAGCUGGAACUCGCUGGAACAGAGGCAGGUGAAGCAUUCGGCAAACUAUUUGACAGCCCUUCACCGCACAGCGUUGCCGGGUCAGGAGACGCCCAAACAAUCAAAACUUUACCAACAGACUUCAACUCCCGCAUCCGCGUCCAAGCUAGCGAGGUCAAAUCCACCAGAGAGGCGGUGCGCGGAUACCUGAGUGACCAUGAGGGUCUUUGGUCUCUUCCACCGGUUCUGCAUGUGGAACUAGGUCGCCAGACCCUUGACAAGGCGCUGCGCUUGCAAUUGCAGUUCAACAAAGUCGAGUUGGAUGAUGAGCUGGAUUUGACACCGUUUGUGGCUGAUACCGAAGGAAGUAAGUACAUUCUGUACGGGUAUGUGGUCCACCGUGGCCGCCGUACCUCUGGCAAAUUCUUCAGCAUCCUUCGCCCUGCCGGCCCUGGAACUCGCUGGCUGGCAUUCGAUGAUGGCAGCGAUAACCGGGUUGAGUGCCUGACACAGAAGACAGCAAUGAGCUUGCACAUUGGUCUCGAUGAGUCCCAGACUCCAGAUCAUAAGAAGGGUCAUGACAUUCCAGUUGUCGCCAUGUAUGUCCGCAGUGAUAUGGUUUCGGAACUUCUACCUGGUCCUCAGGGACCGUGGGAGGUUCCCGAGUCAUUGAAGGAAUACUACGAGACUGGCAAAUUUACUCAGACCCCAGAAGAGGAUCUCACCGUGCACAAGGACGUUCAAGUUGAGGUGUAUUCCGUCGCCAAGCACGAUGAGAUGAACAGCUUAUUUGAUACCUAUGAUCUCAUGGCGCAGGCCAAAUUGACCAACAGUGUCAUGUACAUGUCUGUUCCCGGAUCUUGUCGGAUUGCCGAACUGCGCAAGAAGAUCUCUCUUGGCAAAUCAACUGGUGACGAGAAAAUUGGACCAGAGCGCGUUCGCCUCUGGCGCAUCGGACAAACCCAUGCGCAGUGCGGUCCCACCCUAGCUUUUGACCCUGUUGGAGAUCUAAAUGACACACUUGAUCAAUCCCAGGGUUUCUCUCGUUUUUGGAUGGAAAUAAUUUCAGAGGACGAUGCCCAGUUCUUCGCCAUUCCCGAUCCUCCGUCGGCUAUCUUGGCUGAUGACAAGGUUGAAGACCCUAUUGUCGAGCGAGUCAGCUCGGAAACUCCCGAGCCAGUUCCAGCAGAGGCCGAUGGAGAUGCUGUAGCUAGCUCAAGUGUGGCUCAUGACGUCUCCCUUCCCCCUGCUGUGACUUCGGCUCCUGAAAUCGACGCCUUUUCCGAAGAGAGAGCCGAGCACGAUGCCGUUCUCGCUGUGGUUGCAGCUCUCGGUCAAGAAACACCAAGCACUCCCCCUGUAGAGGCUUCAGCUGACACUCCCACGGUGCAACCGACAAUCGAGGCACCGACCCAACCCGAAAUUACCCUUCCUGUCGGGCAUGCGUACUACUUCGUCCAAAUCUUCGAUGCAGACAAGCAGGUUCUCCGCACAGUCGGUUCAUUCUUCUCCAAACUCGAAGAGAACGUUAAGGCAUCAGUCCGAAAACAUCUAAAACGUCCAAUGCUACCCGAUUUCCUCAUGUGGCAACGAGUAGACGGAAUAAGCAUCACAGCCGUAUCCCCAGCCGAAAGCUUCGGCGAUGUCAGACUCGCGCAUGGCUCCUGUAUUAUAAUUGGCGACAAGAUGAACAACGCAAGACGCUACAAGCUCGGCACAAGCGGACUAUUCUCUAGCCCAGACCGCCUAGUCCAAUACCUAUGGGCCUCAUCCCGCCGCCACCCAAUUCGCGGAUUUACCGGCCACAAGACGGUCGAAGCAAACUUCACCUGCGAUUACUACAAAGGCGAUUUCCUGAAAGGCCACUACCACGGGCAAGGCAAACACAUAUCAGGCACAGGAACCCUAUACGACGGCAACUUUGUCUUCGGCCGACGCCACGGCGCAGGCAAGAUGAAUUAUCCCGGCGGAGAUGUCUACGACGGCGACUGGGUCGACGAUGUGCGACACGGCCAGGGUUCCUUCACCGAUAGUACGACUGGCAACAAGUAUGUUGGCGGUUUUAAGGACGGGAAGCGGCAUGGCAAGGGUAUCACGUAUUGGGAGGUUGCCGAGGAUGAAGCGGAUCUUUGUCAGAUCUGUUUCUCGGAGGAGCAGGAUGCUGUUAUUGCUGAUUGUGGACACGUCUGCUCUUGUGUUGGGUGUGCUAAGCAGGUUGAUUUGUGUCCAAUUUGUCGGAAAAAGAUCACGAAUGUUAUCAAGAUGUACCGGACAUAA